AUGGACAGUCUGGAAGAGGACCUGACAUGCUCCGUGUGCUACUCGCUAUACUCGGACCCACGGGUGCUGCCUUGCUCUCACACCUUCUGCCGAAGCUGCUUAGACAGUCUGCUCCACGCGUCGCACAACUAUUCCAUCUGGCGUCCGCUGCAUCAGCCGCUCAAGUGCCCUAAUUGCCGCAGCGUCGUGGAGCUGCCCCAGGCAGGCGUGGACAUGCUGCCCACCAACGUGUCCCUGCGCGCCAUCGUCGAGAAAUACCAGAAGAAUAGCAAGCCAAAAGCUCCCGAGUGUCCGGAGCAUCCGGGGCAGCCCCUCAAUAUGUACUGCGUCCAGGACCGCAAGGUCAUUUGUGGCCUGUGCCUGACUGUGGGCCAGCACCAGGGCCACACCAUAGACGACCUGCAAGCGACGUUCGCUAGAGAGAAGCAGACCCUUUCGCUCCUGCUCGAGCAACUCUCUGCGGGCAGAUGGGCGCAGGUGUGUGAGCUGGGCGAGCAACUGGAGAAGGAAAAGGCCCGCUGUGAGUCUGCGGUGAAGCAGGACCGUCAGGAAGUCGCCGAAUUUUUUCACACGCUGGAGAUGGCGCUAAUCAAGAAGAGGCAAGCUUACAUGGAGGUUCUGGACAAAGCCUUAGCAGAGGUGUCGCUGUCCUAUAACCCGCUAAUCCACAGGGUCAAGGAGCUGCAGGAAGAGCAAGUGGACCUGAUCUCUUUUGCUGAAUCCGUGGGGGAGGAGGAGUCUCCGUUGGCCUUCCUGGAGAAGGUUCACGCAUUCAGACAGAGAGUAUACGACUACAAAGUUGCCAGUCUGCCACGCGCCCUCAACCUCUCGGUCACGCCCCGAGCGGCCGAUUACCUGCGCCGGAACUGGAACACAGUCACCCUCGGCAGUCUGGAUGAGGCGCCGGUCCCUAAUCUGUGCACCCGGUGCGGUGGCGCGACUUCCAAGGCUAAUGGCGGACCAGCGCGGUACUGCAACUGGCUGGGACCCCAAAUGAUUUUGCCAGUGUUGACGCUGCUGCUGGUAGUGGUUUCGCUGUGCUGGCUUGGCGUCCCUCAGGUCAGCCAAGGUCCAAGGGAGCUAUUCACGCCUGUCGGUGAACAGGUUGAAUGGGCCUAUGCAGUUACAAAGAUGCUCAUACAAAGAUGUAUAGUUUACAUUUUGUCUAUGCUAGAAAUGUUUUUGCAACAGUUGACUGACUUCUUCACAAAUCUGGCAUCACCGCUUGACUUCAGCCUUUUAUUUACAAGUUGA